AUAAUUUGUGACUAAAAUAAAUAGGACUUUGAAACAAAGCCAACUCCUCCUUUUGCUUCUUACACAGACAUCGAUCGAUCUCUGUUUCAGCUUUUGAUGGGUCUCCAUUAUUUCUUAAUAUUUGCAAAGCACAACGUUGGUAACAUCAUUAACAUUUCCAAAUACCAUUCAGUUUGAUUUGUUACGUAGACCAAGACAUAUACCAUAAUAGCAAGGUUUGUGCACACAUACAUAGUCUCUUUAUUUUCCGGUAGCUGCCAGCUGCGUGAGAUCAUCAAGUCAAUGGUACCGAUCUGAUAGAAGAAAAAACAGGCAAAAUUAAGCUGGAAUUCGUUUUCCUAAAGGAAAGGGGUUGAGUGAGUUAGCUAGGGUGAUAUAUUUGAAUCUGAUGGAGAGGAAUUACAGUGGUGGUGGUGUUGGUAGAGCAGUAGGGAGCUAUCCAUAUGAGAACGCUGUGAUGAUGACAAGAGACCCGAAGCCCAGGUUAAGGUGGACGCCUGAUCUGCACGAACGAUUUGUUGAUGCUGUCACUAAACUUGGUGGCCCUGACAAAGCAACUCCCAAGUCUGUAUUGAGGCUGAUGGGCUUGAAGGGCUUGACAUUGUACCAUCUGAAGAGCCAUUUGCAGAAGUACAGACUUGGACAGCAAGCACGUAGUCAAAAUACUGUAGAACAAAACAAAGCGGGCAAUGGGGGCACAUAUGUACAUUUCAGUAAUUCUCCUGGGACUAGUACCAAUUCUUCCAGAGAUGAUAAUGAACAAGGAGAAAUCCCAAUUGAGGAAGCACUUAAGUGUCAACUUGAAGUUCAGAAAAGAUUACAAGAUCAGCUUGAGGUACAAAAGAAACUGCAGAUGAGGAUAGAGGCCCAAGGGAAGUACUUGCAGGCUAUAUUAGAGAAAGCCCAAAAGAGUCUCUCCCUAGAUAUCAAUGGCCCAGGAAGCCUUGAAGCGGCCAGAUCCCAAUUAACGGACUUCAAUUUGGCUCUAUCGAAUCUCAUGGAGAAUAUGAAUGAAGGAGAGAGGAAAGAAAACAUGAUAGAGAUGAAUGAUAUUUUCAAAAAGGCCAAUAGUUCAGCAAUCCAAAUUUACCAAGAGGGAGGCAGAGAAGAAAAUGAAGAUGUUAAGCUCAAGAUUGAAGGGGGUUUGAUACAGUUUGACUUGAAUACCAAAGGUAGUUACGAUUUUUUUGCAGCAAAUGGAGCUGAGUUGGAAACCAAGAUGCUUUCCUAUAGGAGAUAAAAUUGGAUAUAUAUUGUCUUUACACUUUUGACACACAAUUCACCUUUUAGUACCUGCUUAUAUUUGUUUGCAUCAAGUUAAAUAAU